ACGUUGCCGUCAAAGCAGAGCGUCUGUCCACCGUCCACACACCGCGCGAUUCUUAUCGACAGCGUGCGACUUCCACACGACAAUUAGAACACGUCGGAAAUUCUUGGAAUGAUCAAAUCAAGUGUGCUUUCUUUGUCAUUAGAUUUAAGUGAGGAAAUGAAGAUCUUAUUUCGGAUCCCUGUUAGACCUUUGUCCACGUGGCCUAACAGGGGUGGUGGAGAGCAUACUAUGUUGUCAAACAAAUUAUUUCCGAGGAGGAGGAGUUCAAAUGCUACACAAAGGAGGAAUCGGAAAAAAGAGAUUACUAAUGGAAAAUUGAAGGCACGCAUAAAACGUUUGAGAGCUGAAAUGGUAGAGAUCGGUGAAGAACAAAAGAGAAUCAAAGAGGGACAGAAAGAAGUUAGAAUCAAAUAUCAAAAGCUGAAGGCAGAAAAAGAGCAACUCAAGAUGGAGACCAAUCUCAUCUCACAGCAGAGCCUCGGUAUCCAACAACGUCUCAUUCUACUCUUCAAAAUCGUGAAAGCAAAAGUUAACAACGAUUUUGCAAAAGCAGCUCAACUCACUCAAUCACUCCGGUAUAUUGAGUUAAUAGCAAAUCAAAACGUGCCAAAGUGAGGUUUGUGAGUACUGGCUCCUGCAGAUAGUAUUGAUCACGUAAGGAUAUGAAGAACAAUCAAAGCCAAGGAAUCUACCUCUGCAGUCAUUGCAUGUGCUUGCAGCUUCGCAUCCAAAUAUUUGAAUUUCAAAAGCUUUUAAUUUUAUUUUAGUAUUGAGUCUAUGUAUUUGUGAUGUAAGUUCUUUGUGUUUUGUUCUUCUCCCAUAAAUCUACUAAGUUUGGAAGCGAGGGAUUGAUAAGUUGAUUAGAGAAACUAAGAUGAUCGAUAUUUGUGAUCAUAUUUAAAUAUUUUGGAAUUGGUAUUUGAUUAUUGUGUCUAUAGUCGUGAUUUAGAUGUACGAGUGGUGAUUUUCACAUCCA